UCCCGCCCCUCCCGCCCCUCCCGCCCCGGUCCGCGCGGAGGCGGGGGCUGAGCUGCAGCGCGGGAGGUAAUCUGGAGUUCUCAAAAUGUUUGCCAAAGCAACAAAGAAUUUCCUCAGAGAAGUUGAUGAUGGCGGUGAUCUGAUCCCAGUAUUGAACCUGAAUGACUCUGACAAGUUACACCUUCUAAGUCUGGUGACCAAAAAAAACAGAUUCUGGUGCUGGCAGAGACCCAAAUACCAGUCUUUGUCCGUCGCCCUGGGAGAUGUGUUUACAGAAGAACAGCGUCUGAGUCCAGUGGUGGUGGAGUCGGACUUUGUGAAAUACGAGGGCAAGUUUGCGAACCACGUGAGUGGGGCCAUCGAGACGGCCCUGGGGAAGCUCAAGCUGAACGUCGGGGGCAAAGGCCUGGUGGAGAGCGAGUCCUCGUUCGGGAGCGUGAAGAAGCAGGAGGUGGACCUGCAGCAGCUGCUCGGACAGGCCGAGGGCAGGAGGAUGAAUCUGAAGAGCCCUCUGCUGCAGCAGGUGCUGGAGCGGCGGAGUGAGGUCCUGUGUGUGCUGACGCAGAGGAUCCUGACCACGGAGAAGUGUGUGAUCUCUGAGCACGUGCAGGUCGAGGAGAAGUGCGGCGGCACGGUGGGCAUCCAGACCAAGACGGUGCAGGUGUCAGCCAAGGAGGACGGGUCUGUCGUCAAGGACUCCAGCGUGGUGCUGGAGAUCCCGGCGCUCACCACCAUCGCCUAUGGCGUCAUCGAGCUGUACGUGAAGCUGGACGGCCAGUUCGAGUUUUGCCUCUUAGAGGGGACGUGCAGCGGCUUCGAGAACGAGAGGAGAAUCGACUCCAUCUUCCUGGACCCUCUGCCCUUCCGAGAGUUGUUGUUUGGAGACAUGAUGGAUGCUGGGGAGAGGCUGCCUGGCCCCAACAGACCGCUGUGUAUUUUAAAACCAGCCAGGGCGCCGCUGGAGAGGAGCUUCCGGCCCUUCGCGCAGCUGCCGGGGCCGCAGCGGGCCGCGCUGAGGGGCCUCCUGCAGGCGGCGCUGUUGGACGCGGAGCUUCUCCAGGCCCUGGAGCAAGUGUGUGACGACGUGGCCAGAGGCCUGGCGCCCUCACAGGCCGUCCUGGGGGAGCUGAAGCCCCCGCAGAGGGAGAACCUCGCCGCCUUCCUGCGACUGGUGGGGUGCAGCGUGCAGGACGGACGUCCGGGCCCGGUCAGCGACCAGCAGCUCUUUUCCGCGGCCUACAUCCUGGUCAGUGCGCUCGCAGAAAUGCCAGACAAUGGAGCGGCCCUGCUGGGCACCUGCUGUGAACUCCAGAUCAUUCCUACGCUGUGCCACUUGCUGGGCGCGCUGUCCGCGGGCGGCCGGGCAGACCUGCAGGACGGAGCGCUGGCCCCCCUGAGGGACGCGGAGCGGCUCGGGACCGUGCGGCGCCUGCUCGCCAUGGUCGGCGUGGACCUGGAGCGACAGCAGUCGGCCGCCAGGGCGGUCACCUACGACGUCCCUGACCUUGCCCUCUCCCCGCUCGCUCUGUACGUGAGCCUGAGCGGGCUCCGCGCGCUGGGCCCGGCGCAGCAGUGAGCGGCCGGGGAGCCCCGAGCUCACGUCCCAGCCGGGCUGGGCGCUUCCCUCUCCGUUCAGACGCCACUGUGGGCGUAGGCCAGAGCCAGUUAAAGGUCAAGGGAACGAAUCCCCAAAAGAACUUAAGGAGUGAGUUUCUGCACUCACUGUCACCCCGAGGUCAGCCACCGGGCACCCUGUGAGCGGCCUCUUUUUGGAAGAGGCCCUCCCGCCUGCGCUGGGGACCCUGAGGAGCGGGACGAGGGCUGCGAACCCUAAGCCAGCACACAGUCAGACCUUCAUUCUACAGAAAAGCGGGCACUCUCCCCCUCUCUUCCUGUUACACAGAAACAGAUGGGGCUGACACUUUAGAUAAACCUGUGUGAUCCGUGAGGAGAGGAGGAUGCAGCGAUGCACGCUGUGGCGCAACAACAUAAAACACAAGCGCCUCGAGCACAAAUUAGAAAGGAAAGUGAAAACGGUGCUAAAAUGGUGGCACGGUCCAUCCAUGUCUUUUGUUUUUCUGAAAUAAAAUAUGCAGAACAAACUACACGGGAUGUGUAAUGGGACUCUACUUGUGU